GAGGUAUUGGGGCCUUGCUAGUCUUUCCUUAAUCAUUUGUGUUUUGCAUAUAUUCGGUGGUUGGGAGAUGAGACUCAUAAAGACCAAGGAGUUUGAGGAAUAUCGUUUCUCUGCACAUCUUGCCUGAAAAAAUCUCUCUUUAGGGUUUCUGCUAGCGUCUCACCUACCCAGCAUUUUCCAGCUUUUCUCAUCUCCCAUCUUGCAGAUCUGAGACAUCCCAGAAAAGGGUUGUAGGUGGAUUCAAUUUUGGCCCUCUUUUUGUUAUCUAAAUUUGUAAGAAUGGCGAGAGGGAAAACUCAGCUGAAGAGGAUUGAAAAUGCAACGAGUAGACAAGUGACAUUCUCAAAGAGGAGAAGUGGACUUCUCAAGAAGGCCUUUGAGCUAUCAGUUCUUUGUGAUGCAGAAGUUGCACUGAUCGUUUUCUCCCCAAAAGGGAAGCUUUAUGAGUUCUCAAGUUCCAGUGCCACAAGUACAAUACAGCGCUACCAGAAGAAUAUCAAGAAUCUAUGUCCGAGCAGAAGAAUGGAACAAGCACAGCAUUUCGAAGAAGAGGUUGCAAUCCUGAGAAAAAAAAUUGAGAUCCUUGAGGAAACUCGACGAAGGUUCUUGGGAGAUGGUUUAGAUUCCUCCAGUGUUGAUGAAUUGCAACAGAUAGAAAAUCGGCUGGAGAAAAGUUUAAGCAUCAUCAGGUCAAGAAAGAGUUUAUUGUUCAGGGAGCGAAUGGAUCAGCUGAAAGAAGAGGAGAAAAUUCUCAGAAAGGAAAAUGCAGAAUUGCGGGGAAAGUACGAAGAGCAACAAUUGGAACUAUCGAUUAGUCCACAACCCUUGCCACUGAGACAGGUAAAGGAGGUAGAAACACAACUCUUUAUCGGACCUCCCAAAAGUUAGAAUUGUUCCCCCCAAAGAAAAAAGAACAAUUUAUCAGUCUAUGUAAUAUUGUAUGAUUUGUUUUUCUUUACUUCUUUUAUUGUUUUUCUUGCUUUUUUUUUAAUUUCUAAAACACAUUUUAUUUCAUGCUGGCUGGAAAUUAUAAAAUAUAAGGCAACAGCAACGUCUACAUAAUUGAUAGAUGGAGUAUUGUAUAGGCUACUUGUAUUGCAACUGGUGAUGUGUAUGUAACAUCAAAAUUGUAGAUUCUAUGUAUUGGUGUUGUAAAACUAAUAAAAUAAGCUAUUAUAGUAGGGAUUGAAAUAUUAGAGAAAGAA